GCAGCAGCCGAGAUCUGCCAGAUCUGACGGUGUAAUCUCCUUGUUCUCCAUCAAGCCAACUGCUCUCGCGCUCACGCCCUAAUAUGUCAUUCGGAGCGCUCGUUCCUUGUUUUUCGUCUCUGCUUGAGACGAGCAGCCGUUCUAGUUGAGUGCGACGAGGACGGACGGAACGAGCGAGAGAGAGUAAUGAGCGCGAAUCCGCCGUCGUCUUCUCUCCCACGAAGCAAAUCUAGCCGAAUCAUGGAGGCGACGCGCAGAGUUUUGCUAAUGCUGAUGGUGAUGGAUGUUUUGGCAGCGCGCAGCUCGGCAGUCAUUAAUCUUGAUUCAGAAACGACGACGACGGCGCAAUCGGCGGAAAUUAUCGAGGAGGAGGCCAAAUUCCCGCCCGACAUUUGGUCGUCGAUUUUGAACGGAAGCGGCGACCCGGACCUUCUGAACGUCGACUUUUCCUUUUUCGGCCUGCACUCGCUUGAAAUCGACCAGCAGCUAAAAGCUGACUCGCGGGAAACUUAUUCGACGGCGACGGAGAAGUAUCCGUGGCAGAAUCCGUGGUUCAAGGACUACGGCAAGUUCCGCAAAAACCGAAAAAACAACGACCCGCUCUUCGAUCAGAACAUGGUCACCAACGUCACCGCACAACUCGGCGGCACCGCGUUUUUGCACUGCAGGGUCAAGAACUUGGGCGAACGACCGGUUUCGUGGGUGAGGCGGAGAGACUGGCACAUUCUCACCUCGGGCGUUUUCACUUACACCAACGACGAACGAUUCCAAGUGGCGCACACGGAGGGUGCUGACGAUUGGACUCUCCAGAUCAAAUACGUGCAGAAAAGGGACAACGGCACCUACGAAUGUCAGGUUGCAACAGGCGCAGGAACGAUGUCUCACUAUUUCAAUCUGCACAUUGUGGUGCCCGAGGCUUUCAUUUUGGGCAGUGGCGAGUAUCACAUCGGCGAAGGCAGCACCAUCAGUCUUGUCUGCAUCAUUGAGAAUAGUCCCGCGCCUCCGCAAUACGUUUUCUGGUACCACAACGAGCGGAUGAUCAAUUACGACACGUCAAGGGGCGGCGUAACCGUGAGCACGGAGCCCGGUCCGAAAACGCACAGCCGGCUAAUCAUCAACAACGCCAAACUCACCGACUCGGGCAACUACAGCUGCAGAGCGUCGAAUACCGACCCCGACUUUAUACAGGUCUUUGUUUCAAAAGGUGACAAACCGGCGGCGAUACAACGGCAGCAGCGGAGUGGAUCAGAUAAAUUACUUGCGCCCAUAGCAACGUUAAUCGUGUGCUCCUUGGCUUUAAACCGCCUGCUCUGCGCUAGGUGAACCAACUUUGAAGCAGGUGAAAAUCCUACUUCCGAAUUAACAAGGACCAGAUUGAUGUGAAAAAAUGCGUUUAUUUAUUUUUAAAUUCAAUUUGAAAACCAGGCCAAUCAAAUUUGAUUCAAUAAAAAGUGUAAUUUUUUUUAAAUAUUUUAUUCAAAAUUUCGGAGUGCGGAAGAAAUCUGUAAAUGUGCCAUCGAAAACUCUCAAACGUUAGUGUGAUACAAGAAGAGGUGACGAGACUGGAAUCCACAAUCAAAAGUGCGCUCCUCCCCAACUUUGGCUCAACUUAGGUUUAUGAAAGAAAAUAUGCAAAUAACGUAAUAAGAAUAUUAGCGUUGUAGUGUCAAGAAGAAUGAUGAAUUUUGUGCAAGAGAGACUCUCUCGUACUUAAGUGCUAUACACUCUACUAUAUAAAUGAUACACAUGGUUAAAAUAUGUAUGCUGCAUGAGAUUAUGAUCCUUUACGGCAGGAACUCCGUAAAGAGGUUCACUCUCAUUUCUCAUCUUUCAUAUUCAUAACUGAACUCUCGCUCUCUCAAUCGCAGCAGCAACUUUUAAGUGUACUGUUGACUUCCUUUUGCACUUGACAAAAACGUUCUGGCGGGCGACUUUUAGCCGAAGUAGAGAGUGCAUUUGGAAUUCACUCUCUGUGUAACUCUUCUACCAAUUAAUAAUAAAAUGAGACGCUACGAAAUACACACAUACUUCAGAAGCCUUGUGGAAACAUACUUGUAUGUGAAUGAUCUUUUAAGCCAAAAAUUCAAUCGACCCCCUGAAAUCAUCGAUUUUUAUAAAAUAAUGUUAUACCCAAAAACUCUUACCAAAAUGAUGCUAUUAUAAAAACUCUAAUAAAGCAUUUAUGUA